CAAAACUCUCCCCAAAAUAAACGGAUGAAUAAUUCUUUUGAGACAUUCUUGUCCGAGCAAAACCAUCCGCCACGCUAGGAGAGAUCAAUACUUCUUGCAUUGUGCCAUGUGUUAGAAUAUGCAUUCAUUGAGGUAACCAAUUGUGCAUUUUUGAAGCUUAUAAAUUCACCAAUCCAACCAUUUCAAAAUCCAUUCCGUUUUUGCAUUUUGAUCAACAAUUACUACUGCUACUUCUAAACAUAAACAAGUUAAGCAACAAAAACCAAUUAACAUGGCAAGCCAAGGACGUGACAACCUUCAUAGCAUCCAAAUCCCCGGCCAAGCCCAGAUGAGAAGGGAAGACUUGUUGAAUCAACCAUCUGACAUCCAUAACCAAAGCCAAGCAACCAACUUGCUUCAAGAGACGGGGACACAAGUGAAGAACAUAGCACAAGGAGCAGCAGAUAUGGCUCAAGGAGCAGCAGGAAGUGCAGUGAACAUGGCUCGAGGAGCUGCAACUGGUGCAGCAAACAUGGCACACGGCGCAGCUGAUGCAGUCAAGAAUACUCUAGGAAUCAAUCCUGAUUCCCACAACACCACUGACACCAACUAUUUCAAUCAUCCCGGCACCAUCAAUUACAAUGAUGCAAAUGCUAACACCACUGUUCCAGGCGAUACAAAUUAUCCUGGCAGCUUGAACUUUCCUACCAACUCAAUCAAUCCCAGCACCGGCAUUUAAACUGUCAUUCGAGAAUUCUUGUCAUAGUUUUGAUUAUUGCGAUUCAUAAUUUUUCUUCCCUGUUUUGUUUUCUUCUUCUUUUUUUUUUUACGGGAGAUUGCAGACUGGAGGAGGCAUGUUCUUCUAAUCUCAAUCCUCCAUUCCCUGGUAUAAAAUAAGCUUCAAUUUUUUCCCCCCUGAAAGAAUACGUUGUCAAGUUGAAAAAUGUUGAUUGACCUACUAAUUUUAUUUAUAUCCUUGUUAA